GACGACACCUUCGUUUUCGAGUUCACUGAGCGGAACUGGCCCGUGCGACAUACGGACCAUAGUUAUUUCUACGCCAUCUUUCAAACCAUUCCGCAACACACCUCACACCCACCCACAUGGCACCCACCAAAAAACGCAGUUCCCUCCGCGCCAAAGCCGCCGCCGUGCGCCCAAGACCACCCCUCCCGCUCAGCGCCCCGAUAUCCAAAUCCAAACCCACCCCCUCUACGCUCGACCACGAGGAGGGCGACGGCGGCGACUUCCACUUCCCGACGAGCAAGCGAGAUAAGAAGGCUAUAAAGCAUUCGUCGUUUGUAUCCCGGAUCGAGAAAUCCGGAAGCAAGACCCCGAAGCGGAGACGUCCGAACAAGAAACUCGUUGCGAAUCUCGAAUCGCUCGCCGAUGCAUUACCCGAGAUUGAAGGUGCGCGAGAUGGUGGCAGCGGUGCGGACGGGGGGAAUGGGGUGGAAGUCGUGGUUGGGCAGGCGAAGGUGAGGGUGAGGGGGGGAGGGUUGAAGAGUAUGAAGAGUAGGCCCGGAGCGAUGAAGAGGAAGGAGAAGCUGGAGAGGAUGGAGAGGGAGAGGUUCAAUGCGAAUUUGGUGCAGUUGAGUGCGGGGAGGGGGACGGAGGCUCGCUGGGCGGCGUUGAGGAGGCAUGUGGAGGGGAAUGUGGAGAGGAGGGGGGACUUCGCGGGGAAGUGAGUGAAGAGAAGGAGAUAGGAAGUCCGGAUCUACGAACGACAAGAGUCGACGUCACCAUGGAGGAUUU